AUGGGUGAAUGUAUAAUGACUGAUACACUCAGCUACCUGGUACCCUGUCUGGUUGUUUUUUCUACUUAUAUCCUAGAGCUAGACUUCAUAGAUGUCCCUCCUCUCACCCCAGCCAGUAAGGAAGUCCUGAGCCAGGCUGUUCAGGCCAGUUUCUCUGGUUUUGCCCAGGAGAUUAUCAACCACCACUUUCCACAGGAUCCAAGCUUGUGGUCAGAAUGGGAGGUGAGCCACUGGUUGGACUGGUGCCAGGCUGAGUUCGGCCUCCACGGCUCAGAGCUGAGGGGUCUGCAGGGCAGCCAGCUGUGUGGGCUGGACAGAGAGGCCUUCUUGGGCCUGAUGGCCGACUGCACUGCAGGAGAGAUUCUGUGGGAGCACCUGGAGACCCUGAGGAGGGAGAACUACUCACACUACAUCCAGGAUCAACAGAAUGAGACACUUCAAUAUCAUUCAGCUGACAGCUCAGACCUCCACACUCUGGAUCCAGUUCCUGCCCCACAUGAAGGUCACCGUCUGAUGAAUGCAGAGGAAUCCAGAAGGACCAUCAGUUCUGCUUUUCUGAUACCAGAAAUAUACAGAGAAACACCCUCGGAGGAGAGGGCUGCUGCCACCGUCAGCCCACGGGCUUUGACUGCUCCACUCACUGAUUUAGAGCCUCUGGACGACAGAGUGCCUGAUGAUGCCUUCAUGCUGCAUCAGAAACAUGGGAGUUUCAAAGACUAUGUAGGCAGCAAAACACAUGUGGGCAAAGCUGUGAUACCAGCAUCCAUUUUAGCUGGUUACACUGGUAGUGGACCAAUCCAGCUGUGGCAGUUUCUGCUGGAGCUCCUAACAGAUCGCAGCUGUCAGUCCUGCAUCAGCUGGACUGGAGAUGAGUGGGAAUUCAAGCUGACCGACCCUGAUGAGGUAGCUCUGCUUUGGGGAAAGAGGAAAAACAAACCCAAAAUGAAUUAUGAGAAACUCAGUCGGGGCCUGCGCUACUACUACGACAAGAACAUCAUCCGCAAGACAGCCGGCAAGCGCUACGUCUACCGCUUUGUGUGCAACCUGCAGGGCCUGCUGGGAUACGAGCCUGGGGAGCUGCACGCCAUGUUGGACAUCAGCAGCAAGACGAGGUCAGGAAGGCAAUAACCAGAGACCGGACUAGCAACUUUUUUUCUAAUAAUGUUUUGUUAUUUUUAUAUGAUUGUUGGCAGCAGAAGUGGUGGAUCAACAUGCUCAAUACAUACUCCGUCUCUUACUGGAAAAAUGUCCAAAGAAAUAAACAUAUUUAUAUUCAUGUGGCAUUAUUAUUUGGGGUGAAGUUAAAGUAAAAAAAUUAAAACAAAUUGCAGAAGUUCCUAUGCUCCUAUGUAGAGGGAUCCCUGCUCCAACACAGCUAAAACAAAUGGCUGAAAUGUCUCGUCAGCAUGAGGUCAGGUUAUGCAGAGGUCUGGUCAUUUGACUGAAAUGUUCUGGAGAAGAGAUGCAGGCAGCAGCAGCUACUAUGUCGCCUUUUAUCAUUAUUUUGACUGACAAGCUACGACUAUGAAAAAUAUUUUUAUGAACUAAAGGCUAAAAUAAGGAAAGACACUUCAAAUCAGAGUUUGUCUGAAUUUUCACAAUAUGUUGGUCAGUGGACUUUUAAACUGUAUGACAGGUAAAAUAUUCAGGGUUUCCUUCACAAGGGAAUAAAAAUCAGUGCUUCAUGCUGGAGUGGCAAUUUUUAAAAAAUAUAUUUUCUGGCUUGAGACAUUGCUUCACUGUUUCUAUGUGAAGUUCUUUCCUCUUGAUGCCAUCUCUUGUGUGUACUGUCAUAAUGGUACAGACCUCGUUUCACUGUGGAUUAUGACAGACUUAGUCUCUUUUACUGUCUUUCAUCCAGUGUCUUCACCAUGUCUUUUGUUUUUGUUCUGGGGUCAAUUCACCCAAAAACACAUAAAUCUCUAACAGUCACCAAAAAUUAUACUCAGGCAUAGUUUAAAGGCACUUCUUCGACGUGUUUUUACUGAAGUAAAAGUAAGAAGUAGCUGUCCAAGAAAUGACCCAAGUUAAAGUAAUGAUAUUUCAUAACAGUAUUACUCAAAUAAAAAGUGUGCAGUAAAAUUAUUCCUAAAAGAAUAUUUAUUUUUUCCAAAAAGUUACUAGAGUAAAUGUAACUAGUUACUACCCACCUCUGAACACAGACACCUUCUUCUCAACAGUAUGUUGCUGGACAUACCCAUAGUGUUAUACUUACAUAUAAUUAGAUUCAAUUCAGUAAAGUUGUCAAGGUCCCUUACAAAAAAUCAUUCAAUUCAAUCACACAUACAUUCCAAUUGAUCCUAGUUAUCAUACUGUACGCUUAUUUAAUUAUUCAAAGCAGAUUCAAAAGUUUCUAUAAGGAAACCCAGCAAAGCAUCAAGUCAUUGACCUGCAGCGUUCAGUCAUCCUGGAUGAGAACGUAGAGACAAUCACUUGUUUUGUCUCAUUGACUUUAUAGCUCAGUAUAAGUGGCAUUAAAAUACAUUAAGGUAAAUAUUAUAAAUCUCUCUCAUUAUUUUUGGCAUUUAGGACAUAGAAAUAAAACUUUUGGGAGUCAUAACUGAUUUAAAACAGAAACAGUGUAGUAUAAGCUAAAGUAAGAGAAAUAAAGGUGAUGUGUGAAUAUUUCUGGGUUGUGUGGUUUAGCAAAACGGGGCUGCCGCUAAAUGUGAGUUUUAGUAAUAGUUCUAACUUGAUAUUAUGUUGUUCUCUCUGAAUAAAUAUUCAUAAUUUUUUUGUUUGUUUUUCAGUGUAAACAUUUGUUCUUAAACUUAAAGACUUUUGUACGUCCACCCAGGGGGUCAGUAUGAUGGAAGAGAUCCGCAUGAGGGUGGAGCACAAAUCAAGGGAAAGGAAAAUGUUUGAAUGCAGUCAUUUAUGAUAAUGAAUCCUUUAUUGUGUUUAUUCAGUGUUUACACAACAGUAUGGAGAGGUCAGACCGUCUUAUUUUAAAGUGCCAGCUGACUUGUGAUGUGAUUUUCUCCAUCACAGAGCAGCAGACCUGAAACAGGCUGAGGGGGGAUUACUUCCACCACUCACCCUGACAAGAGCUGCUAAUGGAAGAGCCGAGUGUCUGGUGGUCAGCAUGGCUGCCACUCAGAACA